AAAUGGCUUGCAAAGUGUUUGGAUUGUUUUUCUUCAUCGCUGUAGCUACUUCAGGUACCAGCGCUUUAACCCAAAUCUUCCUCGAAGAUGAACACAUCACGUUCCUGACCAAUGACCUCAUCGGAAAAACUCUGACCAUCCCAAAAUUCACCUUCGACAACCUUCAGUCAUGCCACGUCGUGCUUCCCAACGGAGCGAUGGUGGAAGCAUACCCUAACAAUGAACUCAACGACCCUCAUAUCACUUUCUUGGAAGCUGUGCAACCAUUCGUGAGCUGUGGGAUUGGAUUCUUAGGAGCACCGACUACCUACUCUGGGACCUAUGAGCUUUACUCCGUUGUGGAUGACUGGACCGGUUUGGGCCUCAGUUUGACCAGGAAGAAGUUUCACCUCACUUUGACGGAGGGUGACUCUUGGCUUAUUCCAAGUGCAAAUGAACAAUAAACGGUAAUCGUGUUCUGA